UACAACUUUAUAAGAAUGUCAAAGUUAAAAAUUGAAAAAAUUGCGAAUAAUGUAUAUAUUGAACAAUUACAAUCGUGGAGUACGGAUAAUAUAACGAUAUCACGCAUCGAACCUUCUAUUUUACGUCCAGUAAGCAACUGUAUCAGUAUAAAUAAUUUAAUUGCUCCUAAGAUAGGAUAUGAGAAUACUGAAAUUAAAUCUUUGGUCCCAGAGUCAAGAUCAAGUUAUACAUUAGAUACUGCAAAUAAUAUAAAUUCAUUGAAGUUCCCAAAUUUGUCGACCAAAUAUGAGCAUGGUCCUGGGUACACUUCAAAAAAUACUCUUUAUUCGCGAUAUACACCUAAUGAGUGGUUUCAGAGACAGGUGAAAUAUUACAAUGAAGCGGAUUCAUGUAGACAUUUUUCAGAAAAAAUAAGAAACGAUGCCUUACGGAUUAUUAGAGACGCAGAAGAAAAAGUGCAACAUGGACAAUAUGAUACUGGUAGAAGGCUAGGCGAAAGGAUAAAUGAUAUCAAUUUUUGGAAAAACGAGGUGGCAUCAGAACUAGAGAGAUUGGUUCAGGAAAUCGUUAGACUGCAGGAUUGUCGUUCGGUUUUAGAAAAAGCUUUUAAAGAUAUAGAGAGUCCAUUGCACAUCGUAGAAGAGUGUCUUUAUCACAGAGAAGCUAGGAAAGAUACCGAACUUGUGCACGACAACACAGAAAAAUGUUUGUUCAAAGAACUAGAGAUUUUGGAAGAAAAUAGAAAGCAGUUGGAAAUUUGUAUAGAUAAAUGCAAAAAUCAGCUCCGAGAUUGUAGAAUGUGCCAAUGUCGGUUGGAAUUGGACCUGAAAAAUAAAGAAAACGCAUUAGGAAUAGAUACACUGUGUCACCAAUUAAAUAAUUAUAGUCAUGGAUUGGAAUAUCGUUCUGGAAUUGAAAAGUUCGAUCAAUGUGCCUCGGAACAGGAGACCUGGAUGAAUGCUGCAAAUCAAAUAGUUCAAAAGUCUCAAACAGAAAGAAAUAAAUCCUGUCAAUUAAGGACAAACGCGGAACUUCUUUUAAACAAAGUUGCUCAAGAAAUGUGGGAUGCAUGGAGUAAUACUAAUAAUGCUUUGGCACAUAGAUCUUCCGAAUUACUCGAAGCUAAAAAUAAACUUCAACAGCACUUACAAAAAAUACAACAGGAAAUUUUUGAUAUCGAAAAAAACUUGGAAUUAACACGUAAAGCUAUCAUAGAUAAACAAUAUGUACUGAAAGUAGCACAUACAAGAUUAGAAGCUAGAAUGCAUCGUCCAGAUAUAGAGCUUUGUCGUGAUUUCGCUCAUACGAGCCUACAAAAAGAGAUUAAUGAAAUAAACCAUCAGAUACGACGAUUGCAUAUGGCGUUAAAAGAAUUGGAGAACCAGCAUCAAAAAUUAUUGAGAACGCGGACAACAUUGGAACACGAUUUGGCAUUAAAAAUUGACGCGAUGUACAUAGACAGAGAAAAAGUUUCGGGUCUUAGACGAAUUUAUCCCAUUAACGCUCUAUUUAGAUUUUAAUGCUAAUUUACAAAUAGAUCUUCCACAAAAUCUGGAUCAAUGUAGAAGAACACUGGCAUGUCAACCUUAAUGGAACAUUAUUAAACAAUAUUAUUAAGCGA